AUGUACAGCAUGAUGGAACACGAGCUGAAGCCGACCGGCCAACCCCCCUCUCACCAGACCUCACAGGGCAUGUCACCGGUCACCAUGACCGGGAACAUGGGCGGCAAUGGCAACUCUCACCCGUGCACCAAGACUGCGUGUGCACCUGGAAGCGACCCCAUGGAUAAAGUCAAGCGGCCCAUGAACGCGUUCAUGGUCUGGUCCCGGGGUCAAAGGCGCAAGAUGGCUCAAGAGAACCCGAAAAUGCACAACUCUGAGAUUAGUAAGCGACUGGGAGCUGAGUGGAAACUUCUGACCGAUGCCGAGAAGCGACCCUUCAUCGACGAGGCCAAAAGGCUCCGGGCAGUCCACAUGAAGGAGUACCCCGACUACAAGUACAAGCCACGCCGCAAGACGAAGCCCCUGUUGAAGAAGGACACUCAGGUGGGCAAGUACCCACUGUCGGCCGGAAACUUGCUGGCCGCGGCCCAAGGCCAAGGUGGUAGUCCGAGGAUGGAGAGCUACGGCUGGGGUCCAACCGGGGGGUACGCGGGCAUGCAGGGCGAGGCGCUCGGCUACACACAGCAGCUGCACCGGUACGACCUGUCAGCUCUCCAGUACCCGCCGGCCAUGACCGCGGCUCAGUCCUACAUGAACGGAGCCAACUCAUACAGCCCUAUGUCAUACGGUAGCAGUCCUCAGCAACCAAGCCCUGUCACCAUGUCAAUGGUGAAAGCAGAACCAGUGUCUCACUCGCCUCCAACUGGGACACCAAACCACCACAGAGGGCCUUUGCAGGGAGACCUCAGGGACAUGAUCAGCAUGUACAUUCCGGGGCCAGGAGGGGAUGCCGGUGACCCCACAACACAGAGGGGCUACACCAGUGUCCAGCAGCACUACCUCAACGGAACUGUCCCGCUCACACACAUCUAGGACUGUGGGAAUCAUGGGGGUGCGGGUUGAACUGAGUGAGAGAACAAGAAAUGCUCAUGAUGCACAGGUCAGUAGGUGGAGUCAAAGAGAUGACGGAUGAAGGAUGAAACGUGAAGUGAAAAACUUUCUACCUGGGUUAGUCUCACUGUUCCAGAUGUGCCUGCAGUU